AUGGACAGCAGCAACAUGGAGCUACGCGCACCGGAAGUGGCUCAUGCCAGCGUUGAUCGCUCGCGAUCGCCAUCUCCCAUCCCUUCUCGCUCUUCUUCUACCCCCAAUGACACUCGCAUGCCUCGUGAUGGUGCUCGCUGGAGCGAGCGCGAACGCGAGCGCAAGAACUCGACGCAACCCUCGCGCGAUGUGAUCCUCCUUGGGCUGGACCCUGACGUGGAUGGCGAUAAGCUGCGCCAGCUUGUGACAGCGCUUGCCGACAUGGUACAGGCACGUCUCGCUCCCCCUCCUCAAGACGUGACUGUGAUUCGCGACCGGAACACUGGUGCGUCCAAGGGCUUUGGUUUCGUUAAGUUCGACACGCUGGAAGAUGCGAAGCGUUUCGUGCUGACACAUGCGCCUUUCAUUCACAACUCGGAGCAGUGGCUGGGCCCUGCGCCGAACCCCAACAUGCGCCGGAAGCGUAUCAAGAUUGACUUUAGUAACAGCGAGAGGCCCCAGGGCGGUAUCUCGUACUACGAGCAGCACAAUGCACCGAACUCCAAGGAACAGCUGAAGCGUGCGCGUGCUCGCCGCUCCAAGUCGGGAUCGGAAGAACCGGAAGCAGAUGAAGUGAUUGAUACCGAUAAUGAGAAUGCUGGCAUUCGUGAUGCUUCCGCCGGCCCGACUGACAUGCUCCUUCUUACGCUGGUUCGCAAAGAUGUGACGACCAAGGAGAUGGGCCAGGCACUGAUGGACGUGACACAGAGUCUUGAGCAAGUUCUUCUUCUUCGCGACCGUGAAUCGCGUGCCUCGACUGGCAAAGUCUUGGCUGUUUACCGCAAUGUGGAUGCUGCGAAGGCUGCGUUGGCCAUCCUCCGCAAUCGUGCGACGUUGCCGCUGGGUAUUCUAGGCCAGCCGAACGUCGAGCCUGUGAAAACGUCGUUUGCUGACCCUGUGGUGCUGGAGGAGGCCGAUCCCUAUGACCCUACUAGCGCCCCAUGGGUGUUUGUCGACCAAAAGGAAAAGACGUGGCGCUACGAGGAUGAGUCCCUUGGCUUUGAUGUGUGGACAAAGGACGACAUGUCCACGGAGACGUCGCGUCGCUCGUCAGUGACGUCGGUCGACACGCCGACAUCGAGCACAGUCUCGCUACCUCUCCCUGCUGUCGCCCCUGCCACUACGAUGGCCCCGGUGAUGUCGAAUGGCACCACGUACUUUAUCCAGAGCACCGUAACGAAGUCGGCACCGAUGCCGACAGCUCCGGCGCCGCCUGCCACGGCCGCUGCCGCUGCCGCGGCAGAGGCGAUGGGCCCGAUGCAAAACUCACCUCAUGCCAUUCUUCGUCUCUUAAACUUUGCUGAUGUGCCACGCCGCAUUUGUCUGCUGUGCCAGCGCCAGUUCAAGUCGCCGGAGAUCUUGGCGCGUCAUGCGGUGGAAAGCCCCCUCCACCAAACCAACUUGGAUGAUGAAGCCAUGUGCCGUGCUGGUGCUGCGCGCGUCAUUGCGAAUGCCUCCCAUUCGAAGGAAAACGAGUCUGUGGCUGCCUCGAUCCCUGUGGCCACGGAAAAGGCUGCUGUGCCUUCUACGACUGACUACGCACCUGUUCGUCCUGCUCUUCGCUCUAUGGGCUGGAACAUGGACAGUACGAGCAGCAUGGUUAGCUGGGCAGCUUCGCAGCCGCUAGCCCCCAUGUCCUCCAUGGGCCCUCUCCGCCCUAUGACCCCGUUGUAG